AUGGCAGGCUCGACAGGCUUUGCUCCUUGGUCGCCACCAGUUGUCCCACUCGGGACAGAAAUCGUGACGGUGAUCGUGGGUCCUGAAGAACACAGGUUCGGCGUCCAUAAAGACUUGAUCUGCGCGUCGUCGAAGUUCUUUAACAGCGCCUUCAACGGGGGUUACAAGGAGACCACUUCGGGAGAAAUCGAGCUUCACGGCUUGGAUGCAAAGCUCUUUGGCUUUUUCUAUCGGUGGCUGUACUCCCCUGUGCGGAGAGUGGGCGAGGUAACCUAUCAGCGAGCACAAGACGUUCAAGUCCAACCCGAUGAACUACUCCUCCAUAUCUACCGUCUCGCAGAAUACCUUAUUGUGCCCGGCCUCCAACUCCUGGCUAUCGAGCAACUCAAAGAGACGUUCUCCGCAUGUGAACCCACGAUCCCAAGCCGUGAGUUUAUUUAUCUCGUUUUUGAAGAUGAUCAACAAAAAUUCAUGCAAUCCUACCUGGUCAAGCACAUUGUCUUUUGGAUAUCGAAAUCGGAAGACAAGGACGCCUGGGUCGAGCUCUUCGCAGUUCAUCAAAAGAUGGCGAUGGGAAUGGCUGUUGAAUUUGCAACACUGGAGACUACACACGUCGAUGCCCUCAAAGUCGUCCAUCCUUCAAAAAUACCUGACUUCGAAUCCCAUUUAUUCCUGGAUCUCCCAGCCCUACAAGCUGAAGCUCGCGGAAACGAUGUUGUGUCGGUGGAAUUUCCAGGUGGAAAAGUUUUGGGCAAGUCCCUACUGAUCGCUGAAGGCGUACACUCACUAACAUUGGCCAGCCCGGGCGAAGAUCCUCGACCGUUUCAGACACCUCCUGCACGGCCCAGGAUCGCCUGCUAG